UGGUUGAGAUAAGAAAGUGAAAGCUCAUAAGGCCAGAGAAAACCUCUUCCCUUUUUGGAAGCUGCUUCUUAGCAAACAUCCUUAGACCCCAGCCCACCCAAACCAACCGAGGUGCAGGGCCGGGAAGAGGCAGAAGCAUCCACAGCGCCCUGAGGAAGGAGGCCCAUGGAGAAGUUUCGAGCGGUGCUGGACCUGCACCUUAAGCACCACAGCACUCUGGGUUAUGGCCUGGUGACCCUGCUGACGGCGGGCGGGGAGCGCAUCUUCUCCACCGCAGUGUUCCAGUGCCCCUGCAGCGCCACCUGGAACCUGUCCUACGGCCUGGUGUUCCUGCUGGUCCCCGCGAUGGCACUCUUUCUCCUAGGCUACGUGCUAAAGUCGCGCACGUGGCGCCUGCUGACCGGCUGCUGCGUCCGAGACGCCCGCACGAACUGCAGCGUGCGCGGUGCCCUGGUGUGUGCGCAGCUCGGUGGGAUGGCCUCAGUCGCGCCCCUCACGUGGGUGGCCGUAGCGCUGCUCGGGGGCUCCUUCUACGAAUGCGCUGCCAGUGGGAGCGACGUCCUGGCGCGGCGUCUGUGCCUUGGACGUGACCCCGCGUGCGCCUCCCAGCUGCCGCUGGUGCCAUGCCAGAAGGCCAGCGCUCCCGGAGUGCAGGACCUCCUGAUGGAGCUCAGAGCCCAGUCACAGGUCCUGGGCUGGAUCCUGAUAGCAGCUGUCAUCAUCUUCCUUCUGAUUUUUACAUUGGUCACCCGAUGCCUAUCUCCAGUUAGUUUUAUGCAGCUGAAAUUUUGGAAAAUCUAUUUGGAACAGGAGCAGCAGAUCCUCAAAAGAGAAGCCACAGCGCAUGCAACCAAAUUGGCAGAAGAGAAUAUUAAAUGUUUCUUUGAGUCCUCAGAUCCCAAGGAAUUCAACACCCCAAACAUGAAAGAUUGGCAGCAGAUUUCAUCACUGUUCACUUUCAAUGUGAAGGAUCAGUACUACAGCAUGUUGCACAAAUAUGUUAACAGAAAAGAUAAGAGUCAAAGUAUCAGAUCUGCUAAAGGAGAUAGAGUGGACCCUGUUCUUGGCUUUGUAGAUUCAGCUGGUUUGAACAUCACUGACAUGUCCCUAUGAAUGAAUAGAGAAACUUUCUUUUGAGUUAUUGUUUCACUUAAAAAAAAAAUAAACAUUAGGGGCUGGCCAAGUGGCUCAGUUGGUUAAGAGUUCGCUCAAGAGUU